AAAAUUUCUAAAUGACACACCGGGGAAGAAGAGGCUGUAGCCGAAAACAGAGCGCCAAAAAAAUUAGUCGACGGCGGGCUUGAAAAUAUAAAAUCAAUUCAAACGCCUCCUCACAUAUUAUUGGCCCGUUGUGUGAUUACAACUCCACUCUUUCUCUCAGAUGAUUUUAUGCAGGUAAGUUUCCCCAAGUAUGUCCAAAUUUGCACUACUUCCAGCUUACUGGUGCAGCACUGCUCGUGCAGUGUGUAACCACUUUAGAUAUAUAAGGGGGCAUAUGCGCAGAACAACAUUGAAUGUUCAGACUCUGGUUCAUACUGAAUCGCCAGUCAGUCUGAAUAUUCAACAGGAGGGCUCAAGGCCGGUUGGCACACAUGCUCAACCAGAGAGUUCUCAUGCGCGGAUUUCACAAAUACCAAUGCCACCACAAAUUCAUGAUGAGGCAGCUGAUGAUGAUGAUGUCAUUAUUUCUUCUGCUAGGGAAUUUGAACAAGCAAGGAGAAAGAAGAACCGAAGAAGAAACCAUCGGAGGACUUUGAAUUCUGAAGGACAAUCAACUAAAAGUUCUCCAAAUAAUCUCAGCAAGCGCAUAAGAGGUCCGUCAAAUCUGGAAAUUGAGAAUGCAUGGAGUGCUCCGCAGAAGAAGCUCGAAUUCACCUGCCCAGUUUGUCUGGGUCCAAUCGUCCAAGAAAUGUCUACAAAAUGUGGUCAUGUAUUCUGCAAGGACUGUAUCACGCAAUCAACAGCUACUCAGGGUAAAUGCCCUGUAUGCAGGACAAAGAUCAGUAUGAAAGAUAGUAUCAAGAUUUAUCUUCCCAUGGCCAGUUAAACUCAAGGAUUACUCUAUUCCGAUAGGUACUUGGUUGAAGUUUCAUCAUGGAAUGUGGUUGUUUUGCGGAAGUGGCUAAAUGCUGUAAAUAACUUAGAAUCAGAUAUGAGAAUUGCUCAUCUUUUUCCGGGUUGUGAUCGGAGCUGGUUUUGUGGCAACAAGACUGCUUUACUUUUGCUUGUUGGCUGUUGCUAUGAUGAUAAUAUAUAAUCGUUGAACUGGUUGUAUCACUCAAACUAUUGGUGAUUACUCUUUUACUCUGCUGUGAUGAUAUAAUAUAGUCUUAUGCUGUUACCUUGCGAUUUGUUAAGUUCUUAGCUUCAUUUCAAUGGAAAUGUAGUCAUGCUGUCAUGGCUCUCAUUUAGCUUUUAAAA